UCUCUCUCUCUUUCUCUCUGCAUAAUAUUAUUCGUAUUUAUUAAUGAUGAAUCCUUCCAGCCGUACUGAUUCGCCAUCUUUUCACCCUUUAAUGAAUUUUCCUCUUCCCUUUUAACUUCACUCUUCAUCUUCUUCCUUCCUUCUGAAACCCAUCUGCACAAGAAAGCUCAGAGCUUUUUUUCUCUUUUUUUUGUUUUAGUUUCGUUGUCGUAACAAUGCAGAGCAGCUUCAAGACGGUUCCUUUCAACACUGAUUUCUACUCCCAAUCAUCUUUCUUCUUCAGAAACAGAGGAGAUAGUUGUCUUGAAGAGUUUCAUCAACCCACUAAUGGUUUUCACCAUGACGAAGCUGUGGAUUUAAGUCCAAAUGUCACUAUUGCUUCCUCAAACUUACACUACACGACGUUUGAUACGGGUAUGGAGUGUGGCUUGAGGGAGAGACUUGAAGGAGAAGAGGGGUGUUUGGACACAGGGCAGUUAGUGUACCAGAGAGGGACAAGGUUAGUAGGAGGAGAAGUGAACAGCAGUUUAGUAGAGAAGUGGUGCGAUUCGGUUUCGGUUUCAGUUUCAGCCAUGGCUGAUAACAGUCAACAUACUGACACUUCUACAGAUAUUGAUACUGAUGACAAGACUCAGUUAAAUGGAGCUCAUCAAGGAAUGCUUUUGGCUACAAAUUGUUCAGAUAAAUCCAAGGCACUUCGAAGACUCGCUCAGAACCGGGAAGCUGCUAGGAAAAGUCGAUUGAGGAAAAAAGCAUAUGUUCAGCAACUUGAGAACAGCCGAAUCAGGCUAGCACAGCUAGAGGAAGAGCUCAAAAGAGCUCGCCAACAGGGAAGCUCAGUUGAAAGCGGAGUUUCAAGGGAACAAACUCAUGUGGCUGCUGGAAAUGGUGCCUUUUCAUUUGAACUGGAGUACGCACGUUGGAUGGAGGAACAUCAAAGGCUGAUAAACGACUUAAGAGCCGGUGUCAACUCGCAGCUAGGCGACAGCGACCUACGCGUGUUAGUGGACGCUGUGAUGAGCCAUUACGAUGAGAUAUUCAGGCUAAAGGGAAUCGGCACUAAAGUAGACGUUUUCCACAUGCUCUCAGGCAUGUGGAAGACACCAGCCGAGAGGUUUUUCAUGUGGUUAGGUGGUUUCAGAUCAUCUGAGCUACUCAAGAUAUUGGGGAACCAUGUGGAUCCUUUGACGGAUCAGCAGUUGAUAGGCAUCUGCAACCUUCAACAGUCGUCUCAGCAAGCAGAGGAUGCAUUGUCACAAGGCAUGGAAGCUCUUCAACAGUCGCUUCUCGAGACGCUUUCCUCUGCUUCGAUGGGACCAAACUCUCCAGCUAAUGUUGCUGACUAUAUGGGUCAUAUGGCUAUGGCAAUGGGAAAGCUUGGCACUCUCGAAAACUUCCUUCGUCAGGCAGAUCUAUUGAGGCAACAAACUCUGCAGCAGCUUCACAGGAUUCUCACCACAAGACAAGCUGCUCGUGCUUUUUUGGUCAUCCACGACUAUAUUUCUCGGCUUAGAGCACUUAGCUCUCUAUGGUUAGCCCGACCUAGGGACUAAGAGUCUAAGCCUGCCGUGACCCACAAGGAAAGCAUAGUUCUGGUCUUAAAUCUUCACAUUCACAUCUUUUAAACUAAAAAAGACCAUAGCUCUCUCUCUCCUCUUUAGCCGUUUAGAUCCUCUGUUAUAAACUUAUUUAGUUGGUAGUGAAAUGUUAGCAUUCAGAAUCAAUCGUCGCUUUUAUUUAACUUUUUUUUUUCACCUAAGCUAAAAAAUCAGAAAGCUAACACGUUCUACAGAAAAGUUACAAUACGUAAAGAGACAAUGAGCGGAUAAAUAAAAUCUCAGCGGAUCAUGCCUGGUACAACUAUAGGAGGAGUUUGUUUCUCUCGGCUCCAUUUCUCUAUAUUCGAAAGCCAAUCGAUGGAAGGAUCAGCGCCACGGUUCUUGAGCUCUCUAGACUCUUGGCAAAUGGCACAAGGGGUGCAAAAGAGAUGGACCCAAAAGUCACUACAUGGUUCCUCAGGCAAUGCGAAAUGUUCCCUAAGCCUUGACCGGCUUGGGAAAGCGUAGAGCCAGCAACAACCCACAAACCCUAACGCUAGAUGAAUCAAACCAGCGUUCAUACAAGGUAUUGUUCCUCUGUUUACGAUCUCUGCGUUUUGAGCGAAGGAGACGCAUGGCAUUAUAGCUGUCUGAACACCUAUUU